CAAAACAUUCCAUAUGCAAAAAAAUAAAAAUUAUUAAAAAAAAAAGAAAAGAAAAGAAAAAGAAAAAGAAGGAAAAAAGGGGGGGCAUUUAUCACGCACUCACACAGUAAUACAACGUCCGAAACGCCACAAACCGCCAUACCUCCUCCCCCGGAAAAGGUCUUUUCCUGUCCUACCACCACCGUACCCCGCCGGCGAUUUUGUCUUCCAGAUCACGGAGAAUUCCUUCAUUGCUCCUUUCUGUACAUUUCCGGAAUUCCCAGCCCUUUUAUUCUCCCAAUUCGCCAAAACCCCUGUUCAAUAUCCUUCGCAUAUUUGCGCAAUUGGCCCACCAUUAUACUUAGAUAUACUUUUCUCCAAAUUGGCGGAAUACUAGUUCUGGGAUUCGUUUUAUCUUCAAACUGGACCUACUCAUUGUGAGUAUGCACCGUAGAGAGGGAAGGAGAUGGCGUUAAGCCGUGUCGAAGCUAACAGUGAGUUUGAAAGCUGUCAUUCUGUUCUUCAAGCUUGAGGGAGGAGGCGAGCCGUGCGGAUUUGGUUUGUUUUGGGGCUCGUGAGCUUGGGAGCUUUUUGAAUUUCACAUGGCAAAGCGGGUAUAUGAAGUUUGGAAAGGAAGUAAUAAAUUUUUCCUGGGUGGGAGACUGAUCUUUGGGCCCGAUGCAAGGUCACUGCUUGUCACUUUGUUGCUAAUUAUUGUGCCUGUCAUUGUCUUCUGCGUGUUCGUUGCAAGCCAUCUUCGCCAUCAGUUUAAAUCAUAUAAUGCUGGAUACUUGAUUCUCGCUGUUGCUGUAGUGUUUACAAUACAUGUCUUGGUCCUGCUACUCCUUACAUCAGCUAGAGACCCAGGUAUCGUUCCUCGCAAUGCUCAUCCGCCAGAAGAAGAGUUCCGUUAUGACACAUCUGCAUCAGUUGAGAUUGGUGGAAGACAAACGCCAAGCCUUCAGUUCCCUCGAACAAAAGAAGUAAUGGUGAAUGGGAUGCCAGUCAGAGUGAAAUACUGCGAUACAUGCAUGCUCUAUCGCCCUCCUCGGUGCUCUCACUGCUCUAUCUGCAACAACUGUGUGGAGCGUUUUGACCAUCACUGCCCUUGGGUUGGGCAGUGCAUUGGGUUGCGAAAUUAUCGGUACUUCUUUUGUUUUGUAUCGUCUGCUACACUGCUGUGCAUCUAUGUGUUUGCCUUCUCUGCUUUCUACAUUAAGGUUCUUAUGGAUAGCGACCAUGGCACAGUUUGGAAGGCAAUGAAAGAGUCUCCUGCAUCUGUGGUUCUAAUGGCAUAUUGUUUCAUUUCUUUGUGGUUUGUUGGAGGGCUGACUGGCUUUCAUUUGUAUCUCAUAAGUACAAAUCAGACAACCUAUGAAAAUUUCCGCUACCGGGCUGACAACAGGCUCAAUGUGUAUGAUCGUGGUUGUCUGAAUAACUUCAUGGAAGUGUUCUGUACAAAGGUAAAACCCUCCAGGAACAAGUUCAGAGCUUUUGCCCAAGAGGAGGCGCCAAGGCCAACUUUGCCCCCAACUAGGGAAGUUGAAGCAGAGGAUAUGCGUGAGGAUCGGCGAACAAAAGUUGAGGAUGAUUUAGACAUAGGUGGCGAUCUCUUAAAGAUCUCACAACGCCAUAAUAUUGAAGACAUUGAAGCUGAUAUAAGAAGCAGAGGGAGUGAUGUGGUCCAUCAUAAUUCCUCGGAGGGCGAUUCAGUGCUUGGUUCAGACAGACGAGCCCCAGGUGUUCAAGCUGAUAUACGGCAUUCAAGUUGGGGAAGGAGAAGCGAGAGCUGGGAGAUUGCACCAGAGGUCCUCGGGAUGAACUCCAACACCCAGGAGAGUCGGGGUUAUGCAACGUCGAAAGAAACAUACCAAUAGCUUGAGUGUACAGCUAGCUGUUAAAGGAGCUCUCCGCAAACGGUUGAUGCUGCUUUUUGCUUCUGGUUUUUGGGGAAAACAUGCCACUAUCCACCUGUUAGCUAAACCAAAUCUGACUUCCCUAGGAGAAAAAUCAUUACUUCUUUCCUUUAUAAUCUGAAGGGCUUCUGGCCUUCCAUUAGCUGGUGGAUAUGGGUCUUUGUGUAAUGUAGGAAGGCAGCAAAGAGGUGUGUAAUUGAUUGGAUUGAAAAGAGGGGAAAUUGUUUUGUCCUAUUCCUUUUCCUUGGCCAUUUAUUUCAUCCAUGCUUUCUUGUGUUCUUUCUCUCUUUGUAAUUUUUUUUUUCCCUAUUUUUUCUUUUGGGGUGGAUAAAAGUUGAAAGAUCUGUGUGCUCAAUUGAUUUGGAACUGUAGUGUUGACAUUUAUCAUUUUCUUUGUUUUCUCUGGUGUAAAUUUUCAGUCAAAUUGACAUUUUAUAUCGACUUUCUGUACUCGAUCCAGUGACCAAAAUGUAGUAGAUCAACAAUGUUCUUCCUCUCUCUGGCCCAAAACAAUUAUAAUGUUUGUUGUACUACCAAUUUCUUUACCGAAGAGGUAGUCAGAAAUUAACUUCAGAAAUGGACCUUUAUGAUACGGUUAACACCAUUGUCUUUUUCAGUUGAAGCACCGUUUUAGUGUUUCAUGUAACUCAUGGCCUCCAUUACAACACCCUAGUAGAGCCAUUUAAUCCCAUUCAACUCUCCAGUAAUUACUAAUUAAAAUUGCUUCAUUGAAGGGAUCCCUUCUUUCAACAGAUGAAGCAAAUGC